UCCAAGCUCCAAGCUCCAAGCUCCGGCAUCACAUGCUCGACGAGGAUGCCUCGAUGUGCAACAGUGAGGCGUUCGGGAGAGCUUCCAUAACCGCCGGUCCAUCAUGAAACGCUAAUGGUUCGGCCUCGUGAGCUGUCCGCGCUCGGACUAGCCCGCCAGCUGAUAAGCCAAGCUUCGUCAUUGAGGUGGCUGGAGGCUGCCUGGUCACCGAGCUCCCAUCACUCCGUUCUCCAUCUCUCGUACCUCAUCCUCCCCACCCAUUGUCUAACCUACUUCCAUUUCCCCAUACUUGAUUUCCGUUGAUUCGGUUCAUUGGUCAUCUCUUGCCUACCACUAAGCCAUCGUGAGCUCCGGAAGCUCCGUUGUACGCCGCCAUGAAGGUAGCUACCUCGGCACUGCUCUUUGGAGCAGCAUCCGCUACAAUCCCGCAGCAGCAGGUGCUCAAGGCCCCCGAGUCUUUCAAGGGCUUUGACACCAGCUCGUGGACAAAGCCACUGCAUAAUCUCGAGGAGAGUCUCAAGUCGCUCACCGGAGAAGCACGCGCUAUCUGGGAUGAGGUUGCCAUGAUGUUCCCCGAGCAAAUGGAGAAGGCCGCCUUCUUCUCUAACCCCAAACCACACACCCGCAAGCACGACUCUGAGUGGGACUACGUCGUCAAGGGUGCCGACGUUCAAAGCAUCUGGGUUGAGAACGAGAAUGGGGAGAAGGAGCGCGAAGUUGAUGGCAAGCUCGAGAACUACAGCCUGCGUGCAAAGCACGUCGACCCAAGCGUUCUCGGUGUCGACAAGGUCAAGCAGUACAGCGGCUACCUUGACGACGAUGAGGAGGACAAGCACCUGUUCUAUUGGUUCUUCGAGUCGCGUAACGACCCCAAGAACGACCCCGUGGUGCUCUGGCUCAACGGCGGACCUGGAUGCUCGAGCUUGACAGGCCUCUUCAUGGAGCUUGGUCCCGCCUCCAUCACCAAGGACCAGAAGAUUAAGCACAAUGACUAUUCGUGGAAUAGCAACGCAUCCGUCAUCUUCCUCGACCAGCCUGUCAACGUUGGUUACUCAUACUCCGGUGGCUCUGUCAGCAACACAGUUGCCGCCGGCAAGGACGUUUACGCCUUGCUCACUCUCUUCUUCAAGCAGUUCCCUGAGUACUCGGAGCAGAGCUUCCACAUUUCGGGCGAGUCGUACGCUGGUCACUACAUCCCAGUCUUUGCCUCAGAGAUCUUGUCCCACAAGAAGCGUAAUAUCAACCUCCAGUCUGUUUUGAUCGGCAAUGGUCUUACAGACGGUCUCACUCAGUACCCUGAAUACCGUCCCAUGGCCUGUGGCGAGGGUGGCUGGCCCGCCGUUUUGGACGAGAGCGCUUGCAAGUCUAUGGAUAAUGCUCUUCCGCGCUGCCUCAGUCUGAUCGAGAAUUGCUACAACUCCGAGUCUGUCUGGAGCUGUGUGCCUGCUUCUAUCUACUGCAACAAUGCCAUGAUUGGCCCUUACCAGCGUACUGGUCAGAACGUCUACGAUGUCCGCAAGCCUUGUGGCAGCAAUAGCCUUUGCUAUGACGAGCUUGACUGGAUACAAGGGUUCCUCAACAAGAAGGAGGUCAUGAAGGCCGUCGGAGCUGAGGUCAGCAACUACGAGUCCUGCAACUUUGAUAUCAACCGCAACUUCCUCCUUGGUGGCGAUUGGAUGAAGCCUUUCCACCGCGUGGUUCCCGGUAUUCUCAAAGAGAUCCCCGUCCUCGUCUAUGCCGGAGAUGCCGACUAUAUUUGCAACUGGCUUGGUAAUAAGGCCUGGACUGAGGCUCUUGAGUGGCCUGGUCAGAAGGAGUACAAGAAGGCCGAGAUGAAGGACUUCAAAAUUGACGGUGAUGGCAAGAAGGUUGGUGAAGUCAAGUCGAGUGGCAACUUCACCUUCUUAAGGCUCCACGCCGGUGGUCAUAUGGUCCCCUAUGACCAGCCUGAGGCAUCCCUUGAGAUGGUUAAUAGGUGGUUGGCUGGCGACUUUUGGGAGUCGUAGAGGUGUUGCUUGAAUCUUCCUCCGACGCCCAGAUUGUAUACUGGCUAUAUGUUUUAUCGAGGGUGGACAUGCUUUGGUUCAAUUACACUGAGCACUGCCGUAAGCGCGCAU